AUCAAACAAAGACCACGACAACGUCAAAAAGUAUAACGUAUGUGGAAGACCUGAACUGUAUACGCCAGUUGAUGUAAAGACACAUUUUGGGGCUGAGAACAAUGAACGGACACAAUAUCAUCAGAUACGUCGUGAUCGUGAGUUGUGUGGUUGUAUGCAUUCAGGGCAGCGUUGAUCCCCUCCCUCGGCGAGUUGAUGAUGUCCACAAGUCUGCAGAAGAUGCCCCAUCGCCAUCCUUGUCAACGGUAACUGAACGCUGGUUUCAACAGAAGCUUGACCACUUCAGUGUGACGGAUAAUCGCCAAUGGAAACAGAGAUAUUACAUCAAUGACAAGUUCUACAAGCCUGGGGGCCCUGCGUUCCUGUACAUAGGGCCUGAGUUGGCCCUGCCUGCUAUAUACGCUGAGGAAGGAGCCUGGCUGGAGUAUGCCCAGACCUAUCACGCCAUCGGUUUUGCAUUAGAGCAUCGGUACUAUGGACAAAGUCGACCUACAGCGGACUUGAGCACUGCUAAUCUACGCUACUUGAGCAUCGAUCAAGUUUUAGAGGAUCUUGCCAGCUUCAUCGUAGCAACUAACAAGGAACAUAAUUUCAAGGACAUAAAGUGGAUCACAUUUGGGGCGUCGUAUGGAGGUCUGGUGUCUACGUGGAUGAGACUGAAGUUUCCCCACCUGGUGACGGGCGCUGUGGCACACAGUGCACCCCUUGCUAUGCCGACGUUUUCUCCUGAUUAUUUGGUGGGAGCUGGCGAAAGCCUUCGCAAGGUGCCUGGGUGUUACGAGACUGUGUCUGCUGCUUUUGAUGAAGUUCGGGAAAAUCUCAAAACUGAUACUGGUAUGAAGAACCUGCAGUCUCUAUUUAGGGUUUGUGAUUUUGAUCUGACGAACAAUCUGGAUGUUGAAAAUCUGAUGAUGGAUCUGGUGGCACCUUUCGUAUCUACAAUACAGUUUAAUAAUGUCCAUGCGGGGUCACUGGUAUGUUUGUUGAAACUAUCCUACCAACAGAAAUAAGGACACUUAUGACAU